UGACGACAUACAAACGAUAUAUCACCAGCUUACAUGUUACGCGAAGUCGAACCUUCAUCUUCGUUUCCGAUACACGAGUUUAAAAGGCCAAACUGCAGAGGGAGGUCACGGAUUCCCCCACGGCUACCGGCGGCUGAUCAUCAUUUUCCUCUUCACUCUGGUUCACCCACACCGCCGAUCUCCGCUGCUUAACCCCUCAGUUGUAACAGGGGAGGAAAAUGUCUACACCUUCAAGGAAGAGGCUAAUGAGGGACUUUAAGAGGUUGCAGCAGGAUCCCCCUGCUGGUAUCAGUGGUGCACCUGUGGAUAACAAUAUAAUGCUAUGGAAUGCUGUCAUUUUUGGACCAGAUGACACUCCAUGGGAUGGAGGUACGUUCAAGCUGACACUCCAGUUUUCAGAAGAUUAUCCCAACAAACCACCAACAGUGCGAUUCAUUUCUCGAAUGUUUCACCCCAAUAUUUAUGCAGAUGGAAGCAUAUGUUUGGACAUUCUUCAAAAUCAAUGGAGUCCAAUUUAUGAUGUUGCUGCCAUCCUUACAUCAAUUCAGUCAUUGCUAUGUGAUCCAAAUCCAAACUCACCAGCAAAUUCAGAAGCAGCAAGAAUGUUUAGUGAGAAUAAGCGCGAAUAUAACAGAAAAGUGCGUGAAAUUGUGGAGCAGAGCUGGACAGCCGACUAAAUAUAUAUGUACUCAAAUCAUUUUAAGAUCAAAUUCUCGUGGUAUGGUGGUCUGUUUCUAUGAGAUAUGUAUUUGCUUCAAAAAUCAAAACCCCACCAAAUAUUAUUAUCAAUAAUAAGACUGGUUAGUAAAAGUUAUGUUUAUUUCAAGCUUUUUAUGGCAUGGAAGUAUUUAGGGAAUUUAAGCUUUCUAGUUUCUAUUCUAUGUGUUGUUGUUUGCUUAUUGUUGGACAUAUAUUCUGUGUACAUACGAUGGUUUCUUGUACUGUAUUAUGGGUCUUAAAUUAUGCUAGUAUUUGUUACUUCUUCAUACCUACUUUACUAAAUCUUGUGUAUUAUCGAUAUAGUUUGUACUCGAUAUUGUCACUUGAAGUUCAGAAGAAUUGUUUUGAAGCAUUUUCACAAAAUAGUCGUUUUUUUUUUCAACACCAACUCCACAAUGGGUUCAAUUAACUUUUUUUUUUUUUGUGGGGUGUUAGUUGAUGGUGAUUCGGGCGUUGUUCAUGAUUGAGUGAAGUUGGAUUCUUU